AUGACAGUUGAGGGAGGACUGGUGACCUGGAGAGGGGUAGAGGCUGAAAAGGAGGAAGUUGAAUGCAAUGAAGAGGUCGUUGAGGAUGAAGAUGUACAUGUCGUUGGGAAGAAAGACGAAGGGGGUGAGGAUGAGGAUGGUUGUGGAGAUAAAGAUUGCGCUGGUGAUGAAGAUGAGGAUGUUGGUGAGGAUGAGGAUGGUUGUGGAGAUAAAGAUGAUUGUGAAGAUAAAUAUGGUGAUGAAGAUGAGGAUGGUGGUGAGGAUGAUGAUGGUUGUGGAGAUAAAGAUGGUUGUGAAGAUAAAUAUGGUGGUGAAGAUGAGGAUGGUGGUGAGGAUGAUGAUGGCUGUGGAGAUGAAGAUUGCGGUGAAGAUCAGGAUGGUUGUGAAGAUAAAGAUAGUGGUGAGGAUAAGAAUGAGUGGGAGAAUGAAGACGGUGGUGGAGAUGAGGAUUAUGGUGAGGAUGAAGGUAAAGAUAACGUGGGUGGUGAGGAUGAAAAUGAAGAUGAAAGAGAUUUUGGAGGUGAUGAGUUGAGGGAGGACUCCAUGUCCUCCUCUUGGUUUUCGUGGCUUUUUUCAAAUUAA